AUGUUGCCUGUCGAUUGGUUACAUGUUAAUGGAGUUAGUUUGUCAACAGAUAUUCAUCAACCAGCAUCACAUACAUCUGAUUACCGAUCGAAACAUGUUACCAGUCCAACUCUAGAAUUAACUUCGCCAAUGAUAUCUUCGCCUAAUUCUAUUCCGUUCACAUCAGCAGCCGUUGAUGGACAACAAAAUAAUAGACAACAUUAUCAAAAAUUAGAAAAUACAGAUCUACCGAAAAAGCUUUUUAUUGAUAGACAAAUCAAAAAAGUCAAAUCCCUACCGGGAUUAAUUAAAGGCACUGCCCUAUCUCGUCAUAUAUCACUUCAUACAGCGUCAAAUGGAAAUCAAAAUGAUUCCAAUCCAACAACAAAUAAUAAUUCGAAUAACAAUUCACAGCCUUCUGUGGCAAUCGAGACUGAUACUGAAUCUUCACCAUCACGUCAAUAUCAUGAACGGACCAAUGAAACUCGUCGACCUCGAGUAUCGUUUUCUGAAUUUCAUAAAAUACAAUUUUAUGAAGAUACAAAUGACUCUUCCCAACAAUCACCACAUCGCCGUCAUAGACAUCGUUCAUCGAAGAAAAUAGCUGCAUUUACUGGUAAUAAUUAUGUUUCUCCGCCAUCCAUUCAACAUCCUCAAAUACUUCAAAAUAAUUAUUCUCCAUUGUCUCGACAACAACUAGCAGGACAAGAAUUAAAUAUUAAAAAACAAUUACUAUUUCCUUCACCACGCGGACAUUCAUCGCGUAUAACACAUUUACCUGAUAUACUCAGUCAAUCAGGACAAAUGGAAACUUCUGUACAUGAAAAAUAUGUUUUUCAAGGUGAAAAAGAUUCUUCUCGAUUACCUGAAUCAACAUUUGAAAUACCGAUCAAUUCUUCGACUGAAAUAUCUCGUGAAAGUACUCGAGCCGGUGGUAUACGUUCAUCAGCAUUACAAGAUUAUCAUGAUCAAAACAAUAAAUUAGAUGCUGGUGAUAGUGCUAUGAAUUCCGUAUUUAUCAAUGGUUCAUUGUCUUCAUCAUUAACUAGUCGACAACGUCCACUUCGUACAAUAUCACUUCGACAACAAUUUAAUUCGCCGACGAGAUCAAAACCAUCGACUACUACAAAUAAUAAUCUUCAAAUUGUCACAAAUCCACGACGAUCAGCUUCACUUAAGCAUACAGCUGCACGUAUGAAUUCCAUUGAUGAUGAUCAUGAAGAACUACCAAACAAUGGAUUAGCAUCCAUAGGAGAAAGUCGACCAACGACAGGUAUGAAUUCAUCAAAACCAUUAAAAGCGGAUUAUAUUAUACAUUUUAAUUCAAAAAAUCCAUCUAAUGGACAAACAACCAUGGAUUCAAUCGACAGAAAUCGUUAUACUGUUAAAUCAAAUUUUUAUGAAUCAUCACAAGAACGUUUUCAUAAUGUUUUAAAAGUUGUUCGACCACCAUACAUUGCAACUAUUACUAAUUCAAAUAAUGAAUCAAAAUUACAAACAACUAUGAACAAUACUACAAAUGGAAGUGUUCGCUCAUCGCAUACUAAUAGUGGACAUGAAGCUCACGAUUAUCAUAUCACAUCAAAUACAAUUUUUGUAUAA